AUGGCCUCGCAUCAUGAUGCUCAUCCCUACCAUCCGAAGGAUACGAUUGGCGCGACGAUGAAGACCACCAUGCUCACCGGUGGAGUUGGUCUUUUCGCGUCAGCCGUCCAGAACACCCUCGCCAGAAAGAACGUUGGACCAUGGGGUAUCUUUGUGCGAAGCGGCGGCACAAUCGGUGUUUUCGCGGCCAUGGGUGGUACCUAUGAGUUUGUGAAGAAUGCCUCGGCCAACCUGCGGGAGAAGGACGAUCACUGGAACGUUGCCCUGGGAGGCUUCUUCUCUGGAGCAGUCCUCGGACUUCGUGCCCGGACAUUCCCCGCCAUUCUGGGUUACGGCGCGGCUCUGGCCACGGCCAUGGCCGGUUUUGAUUUCACCGGCGGAAGCUUAUUCGGAUCGAAGAAGUCGACCGAUGUUGAUGAGUUCGACCGUCGCACACAACUCCGGACAGCAUACCAAACCUCCGUAGAGCAGACCUUUGCCGAGCUGGGUGAAGGACGAGGUAUCACCGCUCCCGGAUACGCCGAGAGACGCGCAGAGAGACUCAAGGAGAAAUAUGGCUAUGAGGUUCCCACAUCCGCAGUACCGGCAUCAUGA